UAAUUUUGUCAAUUUUCAUUUUCAGAUGAACAUGAUGGUCAUCAAGCAAACAAGAUAAUUUGUUUAUUUAUUUCUAACAUUCCGUAACUUCUCGACUAAAAUGAGUGAUUCAGAUGAUAAAUCUGAAAAGAAACCUAUUGUAAUAAAAAAUGCAACUGAUUUACAAAGACUUAAGUUAGAAAAACUAAUGAAAAAUCCCGAUAAGCCCGUGGUAAUUCCAGAGCCACCGAAAUCUAAAUCGUUAGCUGCACCACCGGACUUUGUCCGUAAUGUAAUGGGUUCUAGUGCUGGAGCUGGCUCGGGUGAAUUUCACGUAUACCGUCAUUUAAGGCGAAAAGAAUACGCGAGGCAGAAAUUCAUACAAGAGAAAAGUGAAAAAGAAAAACUUGAUGAUGAAUAUCAUCAGAAAAUAGAAGAAAAUCGAAGAGCAGCACAGGAGAGAACAGCAAAGAAAAGAGCCAAGAGAUUGAAGAAAAAGAAAAAUGCUAAACUAAAAGGAAAGAAGCCAAAGACAGAAAAUAGCCAGAACCCCUCAUCUCAGUCAGAUUCCAGUGGAGAAGAAGAUGACAACAAUGAACAGAAUGAAACAAACACAGAGACUUCUACUGAAGUUAAAAAUAAUGAAAAUAGGCCAUGAUUUCACAUCAUGCCUAGUAAAUAAGAAAAUACAUAAAUGUACAAAUA